AGUGCAAUGUUGAAUUUAUCCCUGCAUCUGGAGGGCUGGACUUGUGUAUCUCUGUAUAAAUAUAACCCUGAGCUUCUUUCUACUCUUGCCUUGCUCAGUGUCUCUCGGGGACUCUCAACCUGCUCUCCCUCUGCGGCCUCCUCAUUUGUGCUGACCAACUUUUGCACUCAAAACAACCAAGAACCAUGGCCCAGCAACAGCAGAUUAGCCUCCCAGCCAAAUUGAUCAAUGGAGGGAUUGCAGGCAUGGUUGGGGUUACCUGUGUGUUCCCAAUUGACCUGGCCAAGACCCGCUUGCAGAACCAGCGCAGCGGGCAGCAGCUGUACAAGAACAUGAUGGAUUGCCUUAUAAAGACAGUUAAAUCUGACGGCUACUUUGGCAUGUACCGAGGUGCUGCAGUAAAUCUCACCCUGGUAACCCCAGAGAAGGCCAUCAAACUAGCUGCUAAUGAUUUCUUCCGCCACCAAUUGAGCAAAGAUGGUGGCAGGUUGACGGUGAUCAAGGAGAUGUUGGCAGGAUGCUGUGCAGGAAUGUGCCAGGUCAUUAUCACCACACCCAUGGAGAUGCUCAAAAUCCAGCUGCAGGAUGCUGGCAGGCUAGCUGCCCAACAGAGGAUGGUGCCCAGUGUAGUAACAACUCUGAAGAUGGGGGGGACCAGUGCAGUUCUUAGCCGUUCUUACAACACCAACCCUGUCAUGCGAGUGUCAGCCACACAGAUCACCAGAGAGCUGCUGAGGACCAAAGGAGUCACAGGACUGUAUAGGGGACUUGGAGCCACAUUAAUGAGGGACAUCCCGUUCUCCGUUGUGUACUUCCCUCUUUUUGCACAUCUGCACCAGCUUGGCCAGCGUUCAUCUGAAGACCCAUCUGUGCCCUUUUAUUGGUCCUUCAUGUCUGGCUGCCUGGCUGGAUCCAUUGCUGCUGUGACUGUCAGCCCUUGUGACGUGGUCAAGACGAGGCUACAGUCACUGAAGAAAGGAGCUAAUGAGGAAACCUACAAUGGAGUGGUGGACUGUGUCAGAAAGAUCCUGAGAAAGGAGGGCCCUGGAGCAUUCCUCAAGGGGGCCAGUUGCCGGGCCCUUGUUAUUGCCCCACUCUUUGGCAUUGCACAGGUUGUGUACUUCGUAGGAGUUGGAGAGUUCCUGCUGGAGUACACACCUCAAAACAUUUACUCUGCAUAAACAAAUUGUUUCCUAGUCUUUCUACUGCCUCAUUAAAUUACAGGCAUCUAUGCCAUGGACAUAACCAUUGACCCAGCUAACCAUUACUGUGUAACUUCUUUAUUUUUGGAGGCUUUCCAGGUACAAUGCUACAGUGACAAGAGAGAGGCCAUUUUAUUU